UAUCACUGUCAUAGUUGAAAUCUGAAAACUCUAUUCUAAAAAUGAGUCAAGGAGAGAACGUAACCACGGAAAAAUUGGUGUUCUAUGAGUUUGCUUGGCCACUUUUGGUCACCGUUUUCGAGGAGAACCUGUACAGGAUCGUCCUGGAGCUCUUGGCCCACAUCCUGCUGAUUGUGAUAGCCGUGGUGGUUGUCACAAAGACCUCGGGAAUGGAUGACAACCGCAGCGGCCAACACGCCCUGUACGCCGUUUUGGGACUGUUUCUGUGCGUGGGUGAAUCUAUGCUGGUGUGCCACUCCUGGUGGUUGGGAGACGUCCUCUCCGAGAAGCGGCUCAGCCUGCUACACAUGGUGCUGGGAAUGGUGGGACUUUGGCUGGGAUCGGUGGGGAUUUCCUUGAAGAGCAUCCUCAAGAGCAAGACACACGAGCCGCACUUUAAUUCCAAACAUGGAUUGUGUGGCCUUUUGGGCCUUCUCCUUAUCGGUGGCACCCUGGCCAGUGGGUUCGUCCUGGUGUGCUUCACCCACCUUGCUCUGCACGUCCCCCACCGACUGAUGGGCCUGUGUGGCUUCGUGCUCCUCUCGUGCAGCCAGUGGUUCUCCCUCAAUUUGGGAUUCGCCCGCCGGGAGUGGAGUAGCCGGAAUAUUAUGUGGCUCAAGAUCGGAACCCUGGGUGCCACCAUUUCAGUAGUUGGCUACGAGUUCGUCUGCCUCUGUCGGGACAUUGUCCAUUUGCUGCCCAAAAACUGGUUCAAAGCAAUUGCACUCAAGUGAUUAGCCUGAUAACUAUAUUAUAUCGUAAUUUAACCAGAGUUAUAUAACCAACACUUGAAUUGUAGAAGCUAAUUGCGAAAUGGCCGUAUCUUGAUGUAGAUGAAAUGUUUAUUAAUAAGUUUUUCACAUAUAUGAACCCUAUUUGGCAGAACCAAUGACAUUUUAAAAGGCCAGGCAGAAGAUUGUGUUUCCGUAAGAAACAUUAGCAUACUUUCCGACUUUCAACCUUGCGUGAAAAAGCACCUUGUAACAUGGUUAUAUUGCAAUGUGUCUAAAAGUUUGAACGUUCUUUAAUUACGAAAUCAAAAAU